UGUAAGGAAAUACAUCAUGUCUUGGUUUCCUGCCACAAUCACAUUGAUGAUAAUAUUUUUAAAAUGUGUGAAUGCACUGACUUUGAAUCAGCCUUCGUCAGUUACAUCUUCAUCUGGGGACACAGUCACACUCCCAUGUACCGGCAGUGAAGGCAUUAGCAACAAGUAUGUACACUGGUACCAGCAGAAGGCAGGAAAAGCCCCUCGCCUUCUCAUCUAUAAAGAUAGUAGCAGAGCCUCAGGAAUUCCAGAACGGUUCUCUGGUUCUGGUGCUGACAGCUCCAGUAACACAGCAAAGGUUACCAUCACAGGGGUCCAGACAGAGGACGAAGCUGAUUAUUACUGUCAAGUGUGGGACAGCAAUGUAGCUCACAGUGAUAUAGUUACAGGGAGAAGUGAAACAAAAACCUGUGGUGCCACAGAAGCUAUACAGUCCCAACUUAGCCUGUCCCAGCCUCCUUCUCAAUCAGCAACUUUGGGCGAAACAGUCAAACUUCCCUGCACCUUAAGUGGUGUUAGCAUCAGUGGUAAAACUGUGUACUGGUACCAGCAGCAUCCAGGAGCUGUUCCACGAUUCCUUCUGUACUAUACUAGCAGCACAAGCAAGGGCUCUGGGGUCCCUGAUCGGUUCUCUGGGUCUAAAGAUAAUUCCCAGAACAUCUGUUAUUUAACCAUUUCUGGUGUCCAGGCACAGGAUGAAGCUGAUUAUUACUGUAAGGUGUGGGACAGCGGCCCACACAGUGAUACAGUUACAGGGUGA